GUUUAUGCUUCCUAGUCAGAUGCACGUCGUUAAGAGUCAUCGACGCUUAUUCCUCCCAUUGGUCCACGACACAGAUGUUUCGUUUCUCAACGUCCAUCCAAGACACCAAGACCCAUCAAAGACAUGCUGCAGCGAUCAUCUUGCAUACAAAUUCCCCAUCCAUCAUGUGUGACUCACACAGGGCGACCACUAUCCAGAAUACUAAGUAUGUAGGUACGGUGUACGGAAUACUGGUAGCAUCACCACAUCACACUUCAAAUCGCGACUAUAACACGCACAACACGCUCGACAAUUCCCUCAUCCACCAGCGCGUUGUUGUCGCGUUGUCGAUUUGCUACAAGUUCAGGGUCUUGAGCAUCCCCCACAGGAACAACCAUCCUCCAUGGCCACUAUAGUCCACCACCCAUAACUUCCUUCACAACUUCCACAUUACGCC